CACACCCCUCUCUCUCUCUCUCUCUCUCUCUCUCUCUCUCUCUCUCUCUCUCUCUCUCUCUCGAAAAUGGCUGAUUCAACGAGGGUCGACGUUGCAGAUACAGAAACGACGAGCAGAGAAGCAAAGGGAAAAGCUCCUCUUUUGGCAACUCCUCCCGGGCUAGUUGCCAAAGGUAUGGCUGCAUUAAGGGGGCAUGAGGAUAACAGAGGAGGGUAUAAGAGGGGGAUUGCAAUAUUGGACUUUGUUUUAAGGCUAAGUACGCUUGCGCUUGCCAUAGCUGCAACAGCUAUAAUGGGGACUACUGAUCAGACUCUCCCCUUCUUCACUCAAUUCUUCCAGUUUCAAGCCAGCUACGACGAUCUACCGGCUUUCCAGUUUUUCGUGGUGGCAAUGGCAAUAGCUUGUGUCUACCUUGCCCUCUCCAUUGCUUUCUCCAUUGUUUGUAUAAUCCGACCACAUGCAGUGGGACCAAGGUUGCUCCUUAUCUUCUUCGACAUAGUGACGCUUGUUUUGACCACUGCAGCUGCUGGAUCAUCCGCGGCCAUAGUUUACUUGGCUCACAAUGGGAAUUCAAGCGCGAACUGGCUAGCGAUAUGCCAGCAAUUCGACAACUUCUGCCAGAAGACCAGCGGAGCCGUGGUGGCAUCAUUCGUUGCGAUGGUUGGCUUCAUGUUCUUGGUAGUGUUAUCUGCUGUUGCUCUGAAAAGACAUUAAGAAGAUAUGGAGCCGAAUCGAUCGCAUGAGUUGGUUUUGGCGGUCCAUAAUUGUGCUUUAUCAUUUGCAUGUGUUUGUUUCAAAGUUCUAUUUGCUAAUGUGGGAUGGGUGAAAAAGAAACGAGGAUGAAGUGUAAUUUGCUUUAGUUUUCGUACCAAGUGUGCAAUAGAGGAAUUGUAUUUGACCUUGUUAAGAAUCGAAUAAUAAGGGAUUGUGUGAUGCAGUUUUUACUUUA